AUGGGCACCAAUCUCGCGGCCCCCAAUAUCACCACACGGAAACCAGGUUACCCGCCGCGUGGCUUUGCCCUAGGGUCGAGGGGGCUCUUUCAAGGCAUAGGCAAGCGGCAAGCAAGCCGCAAAACACCUCAUCCCCCCGUACUCUCCCAUUACUCACAGACGGCCGGCCACCGGAAUCCCGGUCCCGGCAUGAUUGCGACAGGGAACAUGGCAUCAGAAGUGCCCCAUCGUAGUGAACCGAAGAACAUCCGCAAGCUCUCUCCUAGUCCGCUCUUAUUCUUUGUUUUUCUGCCCUCGGCGGUUCAACGCCUUUCGUCAGUGCCCAACGCGCGUUGCCGUUACGAUCAGUACGCAGAAUAUCUGCAGAAUGCUGAAAUGACGAAGACAACAACGCACGAGUUCAAACCCUUUCAAACAAAGCCCCGAUCCUUCAUGGUGCAUCCGGCGAGAUACGAUGAACCCCGGACGACAGCAUCGGAAACCCUUCCAAUAGACCCCCUUGGUCUUCCAGAGAAAGGUCGAGAUCCGCCUAUGGAUGAAUUGACCUUCCCCUGGAGGCAGAGAGCCGAAGGAUUCGGCCGGUUGCCAAUAUAUGAGCAAUGGAGAUUGCCCACGAUCCGCUGCUGCAGCCUGCAUGAGAAGCGACAUCAAGCGAGUUUGGUAGAGUCCAUAUUUUGCCUCUUCUCGAGUCAUAAUAUCGGCAAUCAGACCAAAUACUCGCAUCGCACAUCUACCACAUCUCAGUUUUCUCUUCCCCGUCCCAACUUUGAUCGAACAUUGGCCACCAAUGGCGCGUCGUACGGCAGACUGCAAGAGGCACUCUGCUAA